AUAUCCAUUAUUUAUUCCGUCCAGUUUGUACUAUUAUCUUCUCUUCUAUCGUUUUGUACUAAAUUUGAGGUGUCAGCCAUGAAGCAACUAGCGUUGCUGCUGGUGGGAGUCGCCUUGGCAUAUGCCGCCAAAAUCCCUACCCUCCAGAAAUCGGAUGGAUACUUUUCUGAGGGUCGUGAGUACGUGUACGAGUAUGAGGGUCAAGUUCUCAGCGGACUACCGGGGGUUAGCAAGGAGGUGGCCGGUAUCAAGAUUGUGGCAGACACCCGCAUACAGAUGAAGGAAAAUGGCAAAUGUCUGCUCAGGCUGGAAGGAGUGAAGCUCAACAAGGUUCUGACAGAGACAGAGAAUCCAGCAAAGCAACAAGUCGAGGAGAAACUCCAACGUCUGGAUUUCAUUUUUGAAUCUCCCCUCAUCGUCGAACUCGUCAAGCCAAUCGAGUUCACAUACAUUGAUGGAAAGGUGAACGACAUCGUCUCCUCUCGGGAGGACCCAGUCUGGUCUACAAACAUCAAGAAGGGUAUCAUGGAACUGAUGCUUGUCAACAUCCGAGGAACCAAUGACAUGAAUGAACCCAAGGAGCAGAGCACUGAUAGGACUUCAAUCACCAGACAGAAGAAGUACUACCGCGUUAUGGAGAAUGGCGUUGCAGGAAACUGUGAGUCUGUGUACGACGUCAAAGUCUCUGAGCCUGUCAUGAAACCUGUGGACAACAAAGUCCAAGCACUCCGCUAUGUCUUGAACAUUACCAAGACUCGUGACUUGAUGGAGUGCCAAAGACGCAACCAGCGCAAUGAGGUCUCCCUCCUUUCAGGCCGAAAGUGUGAGACAUGCUCGGAGACCGAGAUGGUUGAGGAGCCAAGACCCCUGGAAGACCAGCCAAAGCAGGGCACGGAAGACUUCCUGACCUGUCUUAACAAGGUUCGUUACGGUAUCAGCUUGAAGGACCAUGACAAGUUCCUGAUUGAUACCGUGGUUGUUGAGGGAAAACACGUCUUCAUGCCCUUUGGUGAGAAGGGAGGAAAGGCAGUCACCUUUGUCAACCAAACCUUUGUCUUGAAGAGCAACAAAGAGAUCUCUGAUGAGGACGUGAUCCCUGAGGUCCAGAACCCCAAGCAGAUGCCGGAGGACCUGUCCUUUAUCUUCCAGAAGAAGUCUAGCCACGACCACGACACAGAAGAGGAAAGCCAACUGACCGAAGAGGAUGCUCCCCACAUGUUUGACAUCCGUAGAUCGGUGACCUACCAAAUUGAAAAGAUCAUCGCUGGAAUCCAACAAGACAAGAUUACCGAGGAAGCUCCUCUCAACUUCAUCUACAUGGUCAAAUCACUCAAGAGACUCAGCCCCAUUGAGCUUCAGAAUGUCUUUGACAGGCUCGGCAAGAAACUCGCUGACGAUGAUGAGCCAACGAAGGUUAAUAAGCAGAUUGUGCUCGACGCCAUCCUGCAGGUGGAGAAUGAUAAAGCUGUUGAGAUAUUGACCGAUGAGAUCGAAGAGCGUCAUAUCAUUAAGGAAGAGGCAAGCCAAGUCUUGAGCACCCUGGCUCUCAUCAACAAACCCACAGAGAAGAUGCUCGACAAAGUCUUGCGACUGUGCAGAGGUCGUACACUUGAUGAUGCUAAAGACAUCAAGACGACCUGCUGGUUGACCUUUGGGUCAUUGGUUCACAAAGCAUGCAAGGUCAACAAGAUCUGCACCCAGGACAAGCUCAAUGAGUACUCAUUGCGUCUCCUUAAAGGAAUCGAUGAGAAUAGCCCCAAUGAUGAGAAACGCUUCUUCCUGAAGGCCAUCGGUAACGCUGGUCUUGUCCUCAAGAAGACCCCAGAGUCUCAGACAGAUUCCAUCGAUAGAAUCAGCGAGCUGAUCAAGCAUGAAGUGGCUGACAUUGAUCUCAGAGUCCAGGCUAUCUACUCACUGCGCCGUGUCUGCAAGGAACAUACACAUAGGGUGAUCUCUCUCCUGAUGCCAUUCCUUAAAGACGUUGACGAGGAUCACGAGAUCCGUAUUGCAUCUUAUGUGAUCAUCAUGGAUUGUGAGCCCAAGCUGGACGAUGUCCAGUUCAUUGUGACUGACCUUCAGAAGGAUAAAUCCAAGCAGGUCAUCAGCUUCAUCUACACCCACCUUGAUGGACUGGUCAAGAACCCCAAACUGUGCAAGAUCGGCAUGACAGAGGUGGCUAAGAAGGCACUCUUGACCCUGAAACCAAUUGUCCAAGGCAUGCAAUACUCCAAGAGGUUCACAUGGUCUCUUAAUGCAGUCCAAGAGAAAGUUGCUCUGACCACCGAGGCGUCCGUGAUCGGUACCCCGACCUCACCUUUCCCAGUCAGCGGUGCUGUCAAACUUGGAGCAACCAUCCUCAACAGGCAGAUGAACCUGAUGGAGGUGGGAUUCCACGCCAAGUGUCUGCGCGACAUUGCUGAGAAGAUUCUAGGCGUGGCCAGACCAGCGAGCCCCAAACUGGAGAAACUCCUGAGGAACAACGGACGCCUGUACAACGACAAGUCUAUCGUCGAGAGAGAUUUCGAGCAUCUUGAUAAUGUGCUACCCACAACCAAGGUACACACCAAUGUUGACAUGGAGAAGGCUUCAGCUUACAUGAAGCUGUUUGGCAAUGAGCUAAGGACAAUCACCAUCGACAAAACCACCGUUUGGGAAUGGCUUGAAGGAAGAUCUGAGAAGAUGCAAGAGCUUGAGAAUAAGAUCCUCACCAGCCAAGUGCCGUACUCCUACCGCAAGAUCUUCAGUCUCGGCCGAGGAAUGCACGAGAUUCCAACACAGGUUGGUCUUCCCCUCAAGAUCUCCUUCGACACCGCUGCCGUCCUGGCCCUGGACAUCUCUGGCAAGGCUCGCAUGACACCUACCCUGACCGAGGUGCUUAGAACCAAGAAUGGAAAGCUGAGCAAUAUCAGCGUCGCUGGAUCAGUUAAACCAAGAGUUGCUGUGACCAUGAAAGCCAAGAUGACCGUUGGUCUUGAUGACACCGUGAGGACUGGCCUCGGACUGGUGGGUUCCUUGAACUCCUCCGCCGUUCUGAACGGCAACGUCACCGUAGACGUUCCCAAGAUGCUCUUCAAGUCCAAGCUUGAUACCCCGACCAGCGAGCACCAGGUCCUCUCCCUCCGAAGCAGACCGUUCACUUACAACUUCCUCAUGACGGAGAAGCCAACAGAGGAGAGUCUUCCAGACCUUCAUAUCAGAAACUCUGGUGAUGACGAGAGAUUUGUUUAUGAGAAACGCCUUGUCCAGGGAGAGCUGAUGGCCAAGAAACCUGUUACCAAAAAGUGGAGCAUGGGUAAAGAGUCCCUUGGAGUGGAGACGGAACUGAAAACUCGCCGCGUGCCACGCUCUUGCGGCUGGAUCUACAGACCAACCCAACUUCUAUUCAACGGUCCAAUUGACGUCAACGUCACAACCCGACGUGGUGUGGAUGCACCAGAGCAGGUCACUUGCAUCGUGAAACUGGAGACUGAAAACUGGACCCAAGCAAAGUACCAAGCGUUCAAGGACAAGUACCUGGUGAAGAAGAGUUUCACAACGGAGUCUAGCUCAGAGGAAUACCAUGAGCAUCAUGCCGGAAGUCCAUCUGACGAACGGCAUCAUUACCGCCACUUUGGUAGCGCCUCUGAUAUGGUUGAUGGUCCUCACUCCGACAGUCCCUCUGACGAGCGUCGUUACGGUCAAGACAUGCGCGAGGGUAGUCAUUCUGACGAGCAUCGUAACGGUCAUGAGGGUAGACAUUCCGACAAGCACCAUGAGGGUCAACAUAAUAGUCCCUCUGACGAGAGUCGUUCUGGCGAGCACUUGGUAGAUCCCUACCCCAUCCACCCCAAGAACCUGACUCUGAUCCAACGCUUUGAGAAUUGGUGGUACCCCAACGCCAAGUCCUCCGAGGUCCGGGAUACCACGCACGUCCACACACAGCAGAUCGUCGCAGAUACUGGCAAGAAAGUCCAGCUGUUCCACAUCUACUUCAAUAUCAGCACCAUGGGAAGCCAGCCCAUCCGUGAGUUGGUCAGCCGGAUCAGUUUGGACCAGCAGGAUGAGUUCUACAAAGCUGUCCGCAUUGAUGUUCUCACCAACAAGAAGACAUUCAUCAGGGAUCCCAUUCGUCAGGACCAAUUCCAGGACACCAUUGAUGAAGUCAAGACUCUCUGCAUCCAGAGUGAGAUGGAACACCCAGCCUACGCCAUGACUCUCCCAACUGAGGAGAAACUGGAAUCAUUCGAAGGACUUCCAGAUGUACCAAAAGAUCCCAAAGUCCUCUUCAAGUUCAACACCCAGUGGGGAAGAAGCUGUAUGACUGACCAGAAGAUUCAGCUUAAGGCCCGUGUUGAGAGAUCAGAGGAGCAGAAGAAACGUCUGAGUGAGGAAACCCCAUACAAGAUGGAGUGCAUGCAGGACCUUAGAAACGGCAACAAGUACACCGAGGCCUGCAAGAGAUUCCGUCUGGAACGUGAGGAACUCCGCGCUGUUCAUGCUGAACUCACUCACAAUGAGAAAACGAGCAGGGUGUACUUGGAGGCUUUCUACCAGGGCAUUCAGAUGGUGAAGAAUAUGCUUUGGCAGAACGUCAGGACAAAGCAGGCUAAAGUAUUCAAUCUGGACAAGACGGUCCUCUUCACUGGGGAGAUGGAGGAGAACAAGAAGAAGUUCAACAUGACCAUCAAAGACAUCACAGAAGAUAUCCACUUCAACCGUGUCUGGAUCCCGAUGAUGGUCCAGGAUUCUCAGAUUGUGGCCCCCUACAAUAUGCAGAAGCGCAUGGUCCAGAGCUACGGACAGGAAUGGCUGAGCGGACGUAAUAUCAAUCAAUGCAAGGCUCUGAGGAAUAACUCCAUCAUCACCUUCGACAAAGUCUUGUAUAACUACGAGAUGAGCAAGAAUGAACACAUUCUGUCCAAGGAUUGCUCCAACCAAGAACGCUUCGUCAUCCUCAGCAAGACCCAUGAACAGGACAGCACCAAGAAGGUUGUUACCGUCUACCUGGACAACACCAGGAUUCAGCUCAUUCCGGAUCCAACCACUCAAGAGGUCAUCAUUAAGGUCAACGACACCAAUACUGAAUUGCCGGUCUUGCACAAGCUGAUCAUUAAGGAAGACGAAACCAUGAAGAAGGUUCCGAUCGACACCCCAGAGAUCCACAUCAUGACUGUGGCCCCAGAGAAAGAUUACACCACCGAACCCAGGCCUGUUGACAUGUCAGACAGUGCAAGCUCACAAGAAGGUUUCGUUUUCAGCGAGCUGGAGUACCAUCUGUGGGACCAGAUGAGAGAGCACAUCAAGAACGACACUGCCGCCCCAGCACAGAACCUGACCCGCGAGCCCAAGACCCUGGUCCAGAUCGUCCGCCCCAAGCUCGGAAAUUCUAUCAUGCUGUUUGCUCCGGAGCAAGAACUCAAAGUCUUCUUUGAUGGACACAACAUCAAGAUUGAGCUGGCCCAGAAGUACAAGGAUUUCCAGUGUGGUUUGUGCGGAGACUUCAAUGGUGAGACCAGCGAGGAGUUUGUCGGACCAAACAGAGAGGUGUACAAGUGGCCCCAACAGUAUGGACGUAGCUUCCAGGUCGCUUCUGAAGACCACGCAAGAGUCGACGAAUGCGCACCCAUCAUGGAGUUUGCCUUGGAUAGAGAUAUCUGGCUGACAAAGAUCGACCAAUCCACCUGCAUCACCAAGACCCCGGUACCCAGGUGCCCCGAAACCUGUACCCCCAUCGAGGAACAGCCGAUCGACGUUGAUUUCGUCUGCACCAGGCAGAAGGGAAUCACCAACCCCUUCGAGGGACUCACCCGCGAACAGAUCAUCAACAAGUACGGUUACAAGCGUCCCGACUACAAGAGGACUCUAGAGAUGGCUGUGAAGUGCAGGAACUAGACAUCUGCCUGCCGGACAGACACCCACCAGGAGACGAAUCUGCAAAUUCAUGUGCUACGUAACUCACCAGGGAUCAAUUUCAUAGAGCUGCUUAUACAGAAAAAUAUUGCUUAACAAUUGUCUGCGCUAAGCAAAAAUGAGUAGGAUA